AUGGGAAAUUGCGUUUUCAGCUCCUACGAAACCACGCAGGAGGCCACGGCCAAGGUCGUCGUUCACGACGGCAGGAUGGAAGAAUUCUCAUACCCAGUCAAGGUCUCUUAUCUCUUGCAACUCUACCCCGCCUGUUUCAUAUGCGACUCCGACGAGAUCACCUUCGACGAUGUCGUAACGCCGGUUCACCACGACCACGAGUUGAAGCCCGGCCAGCUCUAUUUCGCGCUCCCGCUUAACCACCUCAAGCGUCACCUCCUGCCUCACGAGAUGGCCGCUCUAGCCGUCACCGCCACCUCGGCGCUCGCCAGGCGCCGCGGCCACAAAUGUGGCUCUCGUCGGCAACAGAUUUUGAUUUUCCCUGGCGAGGGGAAUGCCAAGCCUCGCCGGAGAGUGGCGCCGGACGGUGGUGGUGUGAGGGGUACGGUUGAUAGCCGUGGUGUCGCGAGGAAACAAAUGAAUGGACAUGGCGGUGUCAAGGGGAGGGGGAAGUUCACGGCGACCUUGAGUUCCAUACCGGAGCAGGGGUAG